AUGAAGAAUUUUAAAAAGGUCAAAGAAAUUCUAAGAAAAGUUCAACGUAAAGUUGCAAAUGAACCAGAAACAUCUUCCAACAAGAAGCUCCUUGCAUAUAUCAGGGAUAAGAUCUCAAAAUUGAGCAAAGACAUAAAAAAGAAAAUUACCAUUGGAGUGUUUGGAAAGACUGGGGAUGGCAAGAGCUCACUGAUUAAUGCUAUUUUGGGAGAAAAAUUCCUGUUGCCAUCAGGAUCAGGUAGUGCCUGUACAUCAGUAAUCAUACAGGUGGAAGCCAAUGUGAAAGACUCUGAAUAUACAGCUGAGAUUGAAUUCAUUUCGGAAGAGGAAUGGAAACUUGAAUUCAAAUCCCUACUGAGUUUAUCAGAACCUGGAGGGGAGACAGACAAGGAUGAACUCCAUGCAGCAAAGGAGAAGAUUAGAUCACUGUAUGGAGCUGAUUCAAUGAACUCUGAAGAGUUAAAGGAAAAAGAGAAUUCCUUUAAAAUUGGAGAGCUUGCCUACGAUCUGUUUAAAACAAUUAGACCUUAUGUUCGACAUAAUGCAUCAAGUGCAGGAGCAUGCUACUGGCCAAUAGUGAAGAUUGUGACCAUCAAGGUUCCACACUGCAAAGAUUUUCUGGAGCACAUUGUCUUAUUAGAUCUCCCUGGAACUGGAGACCUCAACAAGAGCAGAGAUGAGAUGUGGAAAAUGGUGAUUACUGAAUUGCCACUAUUUCCUAUAGUAAGUGACAUAAAUCGUGCUGAUUCUGACAAGUUGGCCUGGGAUAUUGUGUCCACCAGUAUAAGAGACUUAGCACAAGGUGGAGAGUGCAGCAGUAUGUCAUUUAUCUGCACCAAGACUGAUCAAAUUGACCCAGAGGAGUACAUAAACGACAAAUCCAAGAAAAGAGUGAGGAAGAAUUUUGAUUUGCAAGCCACAAUAAAGCAACAUUUCACUGGUGAUGAUGGCUUCUUUUCUGUGUUUACUGUGAGUUCUAAAGAAUUCACCAAUGAAAAUUCUAUCUUGGAAAAAGAGCAAACAGUUUUAAAGGGUCUCAUUAUUUCAUUCCUUUAUUCAUUUUUUAAUCAGAUGAAUAGAGACGGUCAUGGAUUUCACCAAACAUUGACAUCACUGUGCAAGAAUGAUGGCUUCUGCAGAUCAAAGGAUAGACCAUUAGAUCUAAAUAAAUGCUUGGCUACACACAUGUAUGACCAAAUUGAUUACAAAUUCAUUGACAUUUUCCCAGUCCAGGAGGAGGUAACUGAGAUGUCACUGUCAAAAAACAUUGAUAAGUUCACCAUCAUCUCAAAUGACCUGAAUGACAUUUCAGCAAAUGUUCAUGAAGAGUUGGAGGAACUGAGGUCAAUGGAUGAAGUCAAUGAAAUAUGA